AUCAGAAGUAAGAAAAAAACAUAUAACGAGAAACGGUGACAUGAAGAAUGAGAAGUUGUGUGGUAGCCAAGGAUGACUUGCCUGCGUCUUGAACCAUAUCUAUCAGAGACUUGAUCAACAUGCAGUCUCUGAGUUGGCUAGUCGUUAGGCAGUCUCUUUGGCUAUUCAGACAAUUCUCUUUCUCCUCAUUUCACAUUUCUUUUUUUCAAAGACCAAACACAUAAAGAGUUGAUACAAUCGAUAUUGUUUGGCCACUAAACUAUUUUCUUUUUGAUUGGUCUUUUAUAUUGAUGUUAUAAGCAUUGAGGCGGACUUUGUCCAUCUAUAAGCAUUGAGGCGGGUCGGGUCUUGAUUCAAGCGUAUUUGGUAAAAGAAGAGAUAAUUUGUUUGGUAACAACCAAAGUUAAUCUCUACACUUUAGCAUUUGAGUUUUGACAUGUAAUCAAUAGUUAGUUGAAAAGGUUAUAAUAUUUGUAAAGUGAAUUUCUCUCUAUUAUUCUCUGCCGCACAACCCAAAUAUCAGCGGUCCAACCCCUAAAAUCGCGUUCUUGAUCGCUGAAAUCAUAUGCGUUUUGUUGAGAUGCUAUUAUUCAAGGUUUGGCAGCUUAACUAACCUCAAUCAUAGUGUGUUUGGGCUAAUCAUGUGUUAUCGUGCUAACAAGUGGUUAUGUUGACCAUCGAAAUAGUCAUCGAAAUAGUCAUCUCAUCGAACGGGUGAUAUCUCAUAUUAAACAGGUGGAUGCGAGAAAGAAGAAAUGCAUCUACAGCGCGAAGCAGAGGAAUAUUAGUUAGCAGCCUUUGUUUCAUCAUCGUCGUUGUCUUGGCAGAGGAGGCCAAAACAACCUCUCUCUUUCCCUCAACCACUUCAAAACUCAAAAGCAUGGAGCUUUGACCCAAAGACCACCGAAUAAAACAUAACACUAUAACAAACUCUUCUCAUUUAGCUUCUCCUCUCUUGAGACCGGCCAUGGCGGGUCGUAGAGACAGAACACAACAGCUCCGUGGAUCUCGAAUCGCGAUCGCCAUCCUCAUCGGUAUCAUCAUCGGCUGCGUAUGCGCACUUAUCUUCCCAAACGGCUUCUUCAACUCCAACUCGUCUCUCACCGUUAACGAACGCGUCCAGGUUGGAUCAUCCUCUUGUGAAUCCUCCAAGACGCUCAAGUCAGACUUCGCAUCUCUCUCAGAGAAGAACAACGAGCUAAAGAAACAACUCAGAGAGCUAACUGAGAAGCUACGUUUAGCUGAACAAGGAUCAGACAAUGCAAGGAAACAGGUUCUGUCUUUAGGACCACAGAUAAAGGCUGGACCUUUCGGAACCGUCAAGAGCCUAAGAACAAACCCAACAAUCCUCUCAGACGAAUCUGUAAACCCAAGACUCGCAAAGAUCCUAAAGAGCAUCGCUGUGGAUAAAGAGGUGAUCGUGGCUCUCGCAAACGCAAACGUGAAAGCAAUGCUAGAGGUCCAAAUCGCUAGCGUCAAGAGACUAGCUAUAAAAAACUACCUCGUUGUCGCAUUGGACGAUUACAUAGAGAGUUUCUGUAAACAAAACGACGUCGCUUAUUACAAGCGUAAUCCAGACAAGGAACUGGACGCUGUCGGGAAAACAGGAGGCAACCACGCCGUCUCCGGCCUCAAGUUCCGUGUGCUACGAGAGUUUCUCCAGCUAGGCUACGGCGUCCUCCUCUCUGAUGUAGACAUCGUCUUCUUGAAGAAUCCCUUUAGUCAUCUCUACAGAGACUCUGACGUUGAGUCGAUGAGCGAUGGACACGACAACAUGACGGCUUACGGGUUCAACGAUGUCUUUGAUGAGCCAACCAUGGGGUGGGCUAGGUACGCUCACACCAUGAGGAUAUGGGUUUUCAACUCGGGUUUUUUCUAUCUGAGGCCCACGGUUGCUUCCAUCGAGCUGCUGGAUCGGGUUGCGGAGAGGUUAUCCAAGGCGAAGCUGUGGGACCAGGCGGUUUUCAACGAGGAGUUGUUUUAUCCUUCGCGUCCUGAGUACGUUGGGCUGCAUGCUUCGAAGAGGGUGAUGGAUAUGUAUGAGUUUAUGAACAGUAAGGUGCUUUUCAAGACUGUGAGAAAGAAUGAGGAGAUGAAGAAGAAGGUGAGGCCGGUGAUUGUUCAUGUUAAUUAUCAUCCUGAUAAGCUUAAUAGAAUGAGAGCAGUGGUUGAGUUUUAUGUGAACGGUAAGCAAGAUGCUCUUGAUAGCUUCCCUGAUGGUUCUGAAUGAGAGUUCACCUGCAAAAGCAGUGUAGGGUCAAAAAGUUUCAGAGUUUCUUCACAUUUUGUGAUUCUAAUUUUACCUUUUUUUUUAAUUGUUUCCAUGUUCAAUGCUCAAUGCCUUUUUUGUGUUAUGAGUUUUGUGUAUCUUAUGGCUAAAAAUAUCAUAUAUGUUUCAUUA